GCCCUCACCCAGCUCCACGACCGCUGGCUGGCCGCCCUCCCGCACCUGGAGGCCCUCCACAUCAGCCACAACCAGAUUAAGGACCUUUCCCCGCGGGCUUUCCACAAUGCCUCCUACCUGCGGCACCUCGACAUGUCCUCCAACCACCUGCGCGCCGUCGAGACGCACUACUUCGACGCCCUGGUGAGCUUGGAGGAGCUGCUGCUCUACAACAACCGCAUCACGCGCGUGGACGAAAACGCCUUCGCCAAGCUGAGCGGCCUAAGGAAAGUCUACCUGAGCUGGAACAACCUGACCACCUUCCCCUUCCACUCGGUGCAGGGACUGGGCAACUACAGCCUCCGCACGCUGGACCUCUCCUCCAACAGCCUUUAAAAAAAAAACAGCUGGAGCAGCAUCCCCGUGGAAGAGCUGGCGGCUCUCCCCGAAAACAUCCGGAACGGCUUGUACCUGCACAACAACCCCGUCAGGUGCAGCUGCCCGCUCUACCUGAUGCUCCAGCGCUGGAAGCAGCGAGGUUUCAGCUCCGUGAAGGACUUCUUCGAGGAACACACCUGCAAGGUGUCCGACAACGUGCCCCGGUCCCUGAUCAAGUUCCUCAAAUACAGCCACAUGUUCGAGAACUGUUCGGCUGGCCCCCAAGACGCGUCCCUGCUCGCCUGCAACCCCCGCCUGCCGCCUGCGCCCGCCGCCUACAUGUGGAUCUCCCCCCACCACGAGCCCAUCCGACACCCGGGGAACAGCAACCGCUCGCUGGAGCUGUACCGCAACGGCAGCCUGAGGAUCGCGGCGGCCAAGCCCUGGCACUCGGGGGUCUACGUGGGCUUGGCCAUCAACAGCCCCCACAACGUCAGCAGGCUGUGCGAAGUCAACGUGACGGUUCACUACCCCAAGCCGGAGGGGGAGACCUUCAGCACGGGCCUGACGACGCUGCUGGGGUGCAUCGUGAGCCUGCUGCUCGUGCUCAUUUACCUGUACCUC